UUCGUGUUUUUUUUUCGUGUUGUAAGAGAAAAUGUUCGACACCACGCUGGGCACUCUGAUUGGCCUCUUGAUGCAGAUCUGCUGGCUGUUGGCCAGCCAGUUCUUCUGCCAGUUGGUGCAACAUCCUCUGCUGAGCAGCGCCGUGUGUCUGCUGCUGAGCCUCGUCCGACGGGUGGACCAGACUGCGCUGCGUGCGCGUUUCCAGCUGCUGAAGAUGUGGUUUACACCUUUGGAUCUGCCCACUGACACUGACAACUGUGGCUACGACACGACUGACCCUGGAGAGGGGGAACUGGGAAGACAGGGACCCGGGUCUGGCUACCAGAGCCCCAUCAAUAUCGACGAAACACAGCUCAGCCGCCUGGCCAUCAGGGAGCUGCUCAACUGGAACCACUACGACGAUCUGCCGGCGAGCAUUCAGCUCGAGAAUACGGGCCAUACGGUGGUGCUGCGAGCUCAGUUCCACGGCAACAGACCGACCAUCAGCGGCGCAGAUCUGCUGGCCAGCUACACCUUCGUGGAGGUGCGCUUCCACUGGGGCUGGUGCAACAGCGAGGGCUCCGAGCACACCUUGAACCACCGCAAGAUCCCCAUGGAGAUGCAGGUGAUGCACCGUGCAGGCUCCGGCCAGGCGCGCUCCUGCACCAGCAGCUACGAUCUCCUGACCGUCGCCUUCUUGUUCGAGCUCUCCGCACACAACCCGUUCCUGGACCCACUCGUGCAGAACCUCCGCCAGGUGCGUGUGCCUGGAAAGCGUGUGACCAUCUCUCCCUUUCCGCUGAGCUACCUCAUGCCCGCAUUCCGGACUGGCUUCUACUCUUACGGUGGCUCGCUGACCCACCCGCCGUUCUACGAGGGCACCGAGUGGCUCAUCUUUCCCGAGACGCUGGCCAUCAGCGACUUUCAGCUGCGCCACUUUCGACAGCUGCUGGGCCCCGAUGGCAUCACUCCCAUCACAAGGAACGCCCGUCCCGUUCAGUCUCUGGGCAACCGCAAAGUCAGCCUCAACUGCUUCUGUCCCUUCGAUGCCAGUCAGCUGCCAGUCAAUCAUUGCCAGCAGCAACAGCAGCAGCAGCCGCAGACUGCGGAAGUGAAGCAGAAGCAGAAGCAGAAGCAGGAUCAGCCGGUCGCUCCUUUGGUGGCUCCUGAGGAAGAGGGCCUGCUGCUGGAGUCCAUGAACACGACCACCAUCAUAACCAGCGACUCUGGGAACAUCUGCAUGAGCACAUUCAUGCGGAAGGAGCAGCCUCAGGAGGACUACAGCACCACAGCCAUUGUCCUCCACAGCGACUCGACGGCCCCACAGCCGGAGCAGGCUGUUCAGGAAGAUUUGACAAGCAACGAGGGUGGAGCCGAUGCCAUCAGCGUCGUGGGCGAUGGCGUCAACAUUGGGCUCCAAGGCCACCCCCAGCUGCUGUGAGUGGGUGGAAUGGGCAGCUUGAAUUUUGCUUUCGUUUUUGUUUUUAUCACGCGGAACCGGAUACGCCGCCAGCUGCUCUUUGUCCUGCCAAGACUAAUUGAAUGGCGCGUGCAUGGAUUAAAGAGUUGCGUUUACAUUUACAAACCAAA